UGUCACCACCCCAUUUGUCGUCUCUUCUUAAGUCUCGCAUCCUCCCGCCGUCUCAUAAGAGACGAAUCGACUUCGUCGUGCGUCCCACCACCACCACAACGAUGCCACCUUCGCCUCAGCCCAACCUCACGAUCGCCUCCUUCCUCGCUCUCCUCGCCCACCUCCUCCUCCGCCUCCCCCAGACCCCAGCCGCCGCCGUCCAAGACUGCGGCAUCGCCACCUGCCCCGGCGCCUCCGCCGCCGACCAGUUUCUGCCGCCCCCGUCGGUCCAAUUCCCCUUCCGGCUCCACCGCCAGCAGCGCCCCCGCUGCGGCUACCCGGGCUUCGACCUCUCCUGCGCCCCUGGCGGCGACCCCCUCCUCCGCCUCCCCGGCUCUGGCGAAUUCUCCGUCCAGUCCAUCACCUACUACCCGACCCAGAGCAUCACCCUCGCCGACCCGGACGGCUGCCUCCCGGGGCGCCUCCUCGGCAACUUCUCCCUCAGGGGGUCCGCCUUCCGGGCCCUGGUCCCGCGGAAGUUCACCUUCCUGAACUGCUCCGACAGCGCCGACUGGUCUCAGGGGAUGCGCGCCAUGCCGGUCCCGUGCCUCAGCGGGAGGAACUACACGGUCAUGUCGGUGCCGGCCGUCUUCUACGACCGGGGCUCGUACCCCUGCGAGGAGGUGGCGACGGUGACGGUGCCGCUGCCGGGGCCGUUCUGGUCGGACGUCGAGGACGUCAUAAGCUUGACGUGGGGCGUCCCGGACUGCGCGUCGUGCCGGAGACGAGGAGGGCGGUGCGGCUACACGGGCGUGAACGGGACGGAGGUUGGCUGCAGCGGUGUCCCGAGAACCGGUUUACCAAGAACUGCCAAAUAUGGCGUCAUCCUAGGAGUGGGAGUACCUGGGCUCCUGUGCGUAAUUGGGCUCGCGUCUUUCAUCUACGGUAAGAUCAAGGCCCGCGGUAGGCCCACACGGCCCGAUGUGCCCGACGUGUCCAACUUAAUUGCCUCGCGAAGCGCGGCUAUUUCGAUGGGCCUAGACGGGCCCACGAUAGAGUCGUACCCGAAGACCCAACUCGGCGAGAGCCGUCGCUUGCCCAAGCCCAACGACACCACGUGCCCGAUCUGCCUGUGCGAGUACCAGCCCAAGGAGAUGCUGCGAUCCAUACCCGAUUGCAAUCACUACUUCCACGUCGAGUGCAUCGAUGAGUGGCUCCGGCUAAACGCCACGUGUCCCUUGUGUAGGAACUCGCCCGAAGAUCCGGGCUAAUAUCUUCCGGACUUCUUGAUAGACCGGAUAUGUCAUUGUUUUCGGAACAACAAGAUCUAUAUGGGAUUCCGCUCUAGAAUGCAACAAGAUCAAUACGUUACCGCAUUUAUCACGUUUUGUCUUCGUCUUUAUUGUUUGUACCAUCAAAGAUCAUUAACUUUGUAAUUUUGUAUUCAACACCAUAUUGUAAAUACUUUACAUUCUUUCGUGAUAGAAGAAAUUCGAGUGACAAACAAGAAUGGCGUUGUCUGAA